AGUUGCUAGGGCGCGUGGAGCAGACGAAGGAGGGGAGAAGUGAGGUAAACAAGUGGUGGGGACGAACUGUCUCCCUCUUGUGUCCAAAUUUGGCAACUAACGACGAGUUUGAAGACCUAAAGGAUACUUGACAGAUUCAACUGGCAACAGCUCAGAGGAGGCAGGCUAUGCUACUUUAGGAUGGAUUCAGGCCUCGGGGAAUUUGGGCCGUUGCUUCUCCCUGGAUACGAGGACCUGCAUGUCCUCAAACGUUGGGUGGUUCCCUGCCUCCGCCUGAAAGGCCAUCUGGUAUUCUGGCGCAGACUCUCCUGGAGGGAAAAGGUCGGUACACCUCAUGAAGGUCUCCCAGUAGAUCAAGCCCAGCGCGUACAUAUCAACCUGCUUCAGCGCCGACUCGCAGUCCCUCAAGUUCACCGCACCCUCCAGCACCUCCGGAGCCAUGUACCGGAUGGUCCCCACCUGGAAACCAAGGCGAGGCAGAUCGGUUGUGCCGUGGUCGGGCUGGGCGUGGCCAAAUACUCCGUGAAGUUGACGUUGCACAUGUCGCUGCCGCAGCAGCAGAAGUGGUACGUCCCAUUCUGGAUCUGCGGGGGAAGAUUAGUCACAAGGCAGCGGUCAUCUUGGCAGCCCUGAUGGUCGCCCAGGAAUGGCGGGAUAAAACUGCGUCAGUGUGCAUUUUACGCACGUCGGACAUCCUGGAGCGCAGGAUAUCAGCCUUCGUGCCGCCGCCUGAGACAGCCUUCGCAAAGUCUGCCCCUCCACAGUGCCUCUGUCUGUCUGUCUGAUGAAAGGAGGACCACAGGAUGGCUUCUGCUCCACCUGAGGCGAGGAAGUUCACCCGAGGGCUCAACAAACCGGGCACCGCGGCAGAGCUGAGGCAGAGUGUGUCAGAGGCUGUCAGGACGUCAGUGUUGGUGGUGAAGCCAAAGGUGAUCGAGCCUCUGGACUACGAGAAUGUGAUCGUGCAGAGGAAGACGCAGAUCAUCAGUGAUGUUCUGCGGGACAUGCUGCAGUUCCCCACAGACGACUUCCAGAUCUCCACCCUGAGGCGCCAGGGCAGGACUCUGUUCUCCACUGUGCCGGAGACUGCUGAGAAAGAAGCUCAGUCGCUGUUUGUCCAAGAGUGCAUCAAAACCUACAAGUCUGACUGGCAUGUGGUCAAUUACAAGUAUGAGGAGUAUUCUGGAGACUUCCGCCAGCUCCCAAAUAAAGUGUUACGACCUGAGAAACUGGCAGCUCACCUGUUUGAGGUGGAUGAAGAUGUGGAAAAAGACGAGGACUCAGCCUCCCUGGGCUCACAGAAGGGAGGAGUGUCCAAACAUGGCUGGCUGUACAAAGGGAACAUGAACAGUGCAAUCAGUGUUACUAUGCGGUCCUUCAAGAGGAGAUACUUCCAUCUGGCCCAGCUGGGAGAUGGAUCCUACAACCUCAACUUCUACAAGGACGAGAACACCUCCAAGGAGCCCAAAGGCACCAUCUUCCUCGACUCAUGCAUGGGGGUUGUUCAGAACAGCAAGGUGCGUCGCUUUGCCUUCGAGCUGAAGAUGCAGGACAAGAGCACGUUCCUGCUGGCCGCAGACAGCGAGGCAGAGAUGGAGGAGUGGAUCGGCACUCUCAACAAGAUCCUCCACAGCAGCUUCGAACAGGCCAUGCAGGAGAAGAGGAAUGGAGACCUGCAUGAUGAUGAGGAGCUCGGGAAAGCAGACCUCUCCUCCGGAAGUUUUCAAGACAGCUUUCAGACUGCCAGAGACAUCGAGUCCAAAAUGAGGAGUGAAGCUCGCCUGAAGCUGUUCACACUGGACCCUGACACCCAGAAACUGGACUUCUCUGGUAUUGAGCCCGACGUGCGGCAGUUCGAGGAGAAGUUCGGGAAGAGAGUGCUGGUCAGCUGUAACGACCUGUCGUUCAACCUGCAGGGCUGUGUGGCAGAGAACGAAGAGGGACCCACGACUAAUGUGGAGCCGUUCUACGUCGUCCUCUCCCUCUUCGACGUCCAGAACAGCAGAAAGAUCUCCGCUGACUUCCACGUGGAUCUCAAUCACCCCUUAGUUCGCCAAAUGACAUCCGGCUCCGAUAACUCUCAGGACUUGCACAUAAACGGCGGCGGAGACGGCCCUCUUGCUGCUCACAGGCAGGCCAGCGGCCUCCAAGAGGGGGCUCUCAGGUACCCCAAACAGGGGGUGUUCUCUGUCACGUGCCCACAUCCCGAAAUCUUCCUGGUGGCGAGGAUUGAGAAGGUGCUGCAGGGAGGGAUCACUCACUGCACUGAACCGUACAUGAAGAGCUCAGACUCCACGAAGAUUGCUCAAAAGGUGCUGAAGAAUGCAAAGACAGCCUGCAGCAGACUGGGGCAGUACAGGAUGCCUUUCGCUUGGGCUGCAAGGCCCGUGUUCAAAGACGCGUCAGGAACUUUGGACAAAAGCACUCGCUUCUCUGCUCUCUACAGGCAGGACAGCAGCAAGCUGUCAGACGAGGACAUGUUCAAGCUGCUUACAGACUUCAGAAAACCGGAGAAGAUGGCCAAACUCCCAGUGCUGUUGGGAAACUUAGAUGUCACGAUUGACAGCGUUGCCCCCGAUGUCACAAAUUGCGUGACUUCCUCGUACAUCCCAGUGAGGAACUUCGAAGGCAACGGGCCCGGCAGCGCUCUCCUGGAGGUGGAGGAGUUUGUCCCGUGCAUCGCUAAGUGCUCUCAACCCUUCACCAUCUACAAGAACCACCUCUACGUGUACCCGAAACACCUCAAAUAUGACGGGCAGAAAUCCUUUGCUAAGGCGAGGAAUAUCUCUGUUUGCAUUGAGUUCAAGGAUUCUGAUGAGGAUGACGCCGUGCCGCUGAAGUGCAUCUACGGCCGUCCUGGGGGUCCUUUAUUCACGAAGCAGGCUCAUGCUGCCGUCCUGCACCACCAGCAGAACCCUGAGUUCUAUGACGAGAUAAAGAUAGAGCUGCCAACUCAGCUGCAUGAAAAGCAUCACCUUCUGUUCACCUUCUAUCACGUCAGCUGUGACAGCAACAGCAAGAAGAAAGACCUGGUGGAGACUCCAGUGGGCUCAGCCUGGCUGCCUCUGCUCAGGGACGGCAGAGUCAUCAUGAAUGAGCAGCAGCUGCCUGUCUCUGCAAAUCUGCCUGCUGGGUACCUGAGCUCCCAGGACGGUGGUAACAAGCACUCUGGCUCUGAAAUCAAAUGGGUAGACGGAGGAAAACCUUUAUUCAAAGUCUCCACUCAUCUUGUUUCUACAGUUUACACUCAGGAUCAGCACUUGCACAACUUCUUCCACCACUGUCAAAGCAUGGAGAUGUCAGAACAAGCUUUAGAGGGGGAGCUGGUGAAAUACCUGAAGAGUCUGCAUGCAAUGGAAGGUCACGUGAUGGUCAACUUCCUGCCCACCGUCCUCAACCAGCUCUUCUGUGUCCUCACAAGGGCGACGCACGAGGACGUGGCUGUCAACGUGACAAGGGUGAUGGUUCAUGUGGUAGCUCAGUGCCAUGAAGAGGGGCUUGAACACUAUUUGAGAUCUUACGUCAAGUUCGUGUUAAAGCCCGAGCCUUAUUCCUCCAACAACAUUAAAACAGUCCAUGAGGAGCUGGCUAAGGCCAUGACCGCCAUCCUCAAGCCCUCCACUGACUUCUUAACAAGCAACAAGCUGCUAAAGCACUCGUGGUACUUCUUUGAAGCCCUGGUAAAAUCCAUGUCUCAUUAUCUCAUCGAGAGCAGCAAAGUCAAGCUCACCAGAAACCAGCGCUUCUCUGCAUCCUUCUACCACGCGGCAGAGACUCUGGUGAAUAUGCUGAUGCCACACAUCACCCAGAAAUACAAGGACAACCUGGAUGCAGCUCGAAAUGCCAACCACAGCCUGGCCGUUUUUAUCAAGCGCUGCUUCACCUUUAUGGACAGAGGCUUCGUAUUCAAGCAGAUCAACAACUACAUGAACUGCUUUAUGCCUGGAGACCCAAAGACUCUGUAUGAGUUCAAGUUUGAGUUCCUGAAGGUCGUUUGCAACCACGAGCACUUCGUCCCUCUCAAUCUGCCCAUGCCCUUCGGAAAAGGCCGCAUUCAAAGAUUCCAAGAUCUGCAGCUGGACUACUCCCUGACGGACGACUUCUGUCGAAACCACUUCCUGGUGGGCCUCCUGCUGAGGGAGGUGGGCGGGGCUCUUCAGGAGUACCGAGAGAUCCGACAGAUCGCCAUCCAGGUGCUGAAGGGUCUGAUGAUCAAGCACACGUUCGACGAGCGCUACGCUGCAAAAAGCCAGCAGGCCAGACUUGCAACCCUCUACCUCCCUCUCUUUGGCCUGCUGCAGGAAAACGUCUACAGACUGGACAGCAAGGAGUCAGCUCCCUUCAGCAGCCACAGUCAUGCCCGGGACGACUCUCUGGUGCCGAACUCCAUGGUGACUCCUCAGAAACCUGGCAGCUGCAUCGAGAAUGCGCUCCACAAAGAUGUGUUUGGGGUCAUCUCUGGAACAGCCUCCCCUCACAGCUCCACUCCUAAUGUCAGCUCAGUUCAUCACGCAGACUCCAGAGGCUCUCUGGUGUCCACUGACUCUGGAAACAGCCUGCUGGACAAGAGCAGCGAUAAGACCAACUCCCUGGAGAAGAACCAGUGUGCGUCAGCUCUGGGCAGCUCUGUGCUGCGCUGCGACAAACUGGACCACGAUGAGAUCAAAAACCUGCUCAUGUGCUUUCUGCACAUCCUCAAGAGCAUGUCAGAGGAGGCCCUGUUUGCAUACUGGAACAAAGCUACACCCUCAGACCUGAUGGACUUCUUUACAUUGAUAGAAGUCUGCCUUCAUCAGUUUAAAUACAUGGGGAAGAGAUUCAUCGUCAGAGCGGGGAUCCUGCACGCCCGUCUGCAGCAGCUGGGGACUCUUGAGAACGCUCACACCUUCAACAACAUGUACCCUCAUUCAGAAGCAGACGUGAGCAGCCAGUGUCUCCUGGAGGCCAACGUGUCCACAGAGGUCUGCCUCACCGUCCUGGACACACUCAGCAUCUUCAUCAUGGGCUUCAAGACGCAGCUGAAUUCAGAUCUCGGUCACAACCCCCUGAUGAAGAAAGUGUUCCAGGUGCAUCUGUGCUUCCUGCAGAUCCCACAGUCCGAGGCCGCCCUCAAACAGGUCUUCACCUCACUCAGGACCUUCAUCUACAAGUUCCCCUUCACCUUCUUCGACGGCCGCGCCGACAUGUGUGCCUCUCUGUGCUACGAAAUCCUCAAGUGCUGUAACUCCAAGCUGAGCUCAAUCCGCAGCGACGCCGCGCAUCUUCUGUACUUCCUCAUGAAGAGCAACUUCGACAACACUGGGCGCAAGUCAUUCGUACGAACGCACCUGCAGGUGGUGAUCGCUGUCAGUCAGCUGAUUGCUGAUGUCAUUGGCAUCGGUGGGACCCGUUUCCAGCACUCUCUGUCCAUCAUUAACAACUGUGCCAACAGUGACAAAUCCAUCAAGCACACAGCGUUCCCGUCAGACGUGAAGGAUCUAACGAAGCGCAUCAGGACGGUGCUGAUGGCCACGGAGCAGAUGAAGGAGCACGAGAACGACCCGGAGAUGCUCGUGGACCUCCAGUACAGCCUGGCCAAAUCCUACACCAGCACGCCUGAGCUCCGCAAGACCUGGCUGGACAGCAUGGCUCGCAUCCACAAUAAGAAUGGAGACCUUUCAGAGGCAGCCAUGUGUUAUGUGCACGUCGCCGCCUUGGUCGCUGAAUAUCUGUGGAGGAAAGGCAUGUUCCGGCAGGGCUGCUCAUCUUUCCGCGUGACCACUCCCAACAUCGACGAGGAGGCGGCCAUGAUGGAGGACGUAGGGAUGCAGGACGUCCACUUCAAUGAGGAGGUGCUGUUGGAGCUGCUGGAGGAGUGCGCCGAUGGCCUGUGGAAGGCGGAGCGUUACGAGCUCAUCGCUGACGUCUACAGGCUCAUCAUCCCGAUCUACGAGCAGCGCAGAGACUUUGAGAAACUGACGCACCUGUACGACACCCUGCACCGUGCCUACACCAAAGUGAUGGAGGUGAUGCACAGUGGGAAGAGACUUCUGGGUACCUACUUCAGAGUGGCCUUCUUUGGACAGGGCUUCUUUGAGGACGAGGACGGGAAAGAGUACAUCUACAAGGAGCCAAAGUUCACCCCGCUGUCUGAGAUCUCGCAGAGGCUCCUGAAGCUCUACUCGGACAAGUUUGGGCAGGAGAACGUCAAGAUUAUUCAGGACUCCGGCAAGGUGAACCCAAAAGACCUGGACUCCAAAUACGCCUACAUCCAGGUGACCCACGUCACGCCCUACCUGGAUGACAAGGAGCUGGAGGACAGGAAGACCGACUUCGAGAAGAGCCACAACAUCCGGCGCUUUGUGUUUGAGACGCCGUUCACCGUGUCGGGGAAGAAGCAGGGCGGGGUGGAGGAGCAGUGUAAACGGAGGACCAUUCUUACCACCACCCACUGUUUCCCCUACGUGAAGAAGCGUAUCGCCGUCAUGUACCAACACCAGAUAGACCUGAGCCCCAUCGAGGUCGCCAUCGAUGAGAUGAGCGCCAAAGUGGCCGAGCUGCGCCUCCUGUGCUCGGCCUCUGAUGUGGACAUGAUCCGCCUGCAGCUCAAACUGCAAGGCAGCAUCAGCGUCCAGGUCAACGCAGGUCCCCUCGCUUAUGCAAGAGCCUUCCUCGAUGAUAGCAGUGCCAAGAAGUAUCCAGACAACAAAGUCAAGCAGCUCAAAGAGGUGUUCAGGCAGUUUGUGGACGCCUGCGGUCAGGGCCUGGGAGUUAACGAGCGUUUGAUCAAAGAGGACCAGCAGGAGUACCACGACGAGAUGAAGGCCAACUACAGGGACCUGGCGCGGGAGCUGUCGGACAUCAUGCACGAACAGAUAAAUCCAGUAGAAGACGGCACCAGAAACGCGCUGUCCGACUCAAUGGGUAUCUUCAACGCCAUCAGUGGCACGCCAUCCAGUGCCAACCCACAUGGCUCCACCACCAUCCUCUGAUACGGAGGUUUUCACACCAGACUCAUGCCUUCAUCACCACUUUGUUACUGAUUAAACUACCUGACAUGGGAAAGAGGAACGACACAUUUCUCAUCUUGAAGCGAUCAUAUGUUAGUACAUUUACGUCAUCACAGCGUUCCGCCUGUUUAUCUUGUUUCCUAUGGAGACUCCAGUUACACUCUUUGAAACCCGUGAUUCCACUUGUGGUCAGAUUGAGGUCAUAACUCCUUUUUGUAUACUUUUUAAAUAGCAUGAAAGGCGAGGUAAGGCAUAUUUGAUGACACAGCAAGUGUGUACCCAAUACUGUGACUUUCAACAGGAUGCUAUCUUAAAGGUCCUGGUGUCUUCAGCUCCACCCAAAGGAUGUUGCAACAAACGUGGGACUUCAGUAUUCACACAUGGCCAGAUUCUACAUCUUAUCUGUUUUGUACCUUUCAGGGCUUCUGUUUAUGUACAGCUUUGUAUGAGAGAUAAAUAAAUGAAUAGAUAAAAGCCACUGCUGCGAUCAUACACACACACACACACACACGUCCAUUUCUACAUUUAUAUUCUUUCCCAUCGCCGCCCUGUUACAGCAGAUGCAUCAGAGUUUAUCCUUCAUCUCUCUAUUUUAGGCAAACGGACGUGUAAAGAAUCAGUCUAAAGCCAAGUGAACCACAAUGUCUGAACCUAUUCUCUGUCAACAAACGUGUGCAAUAUUUUCUAUUAUUAUCAAGGCGACUCCUGCACAGAGCAAACACUCUCUGCCAAAGACUUCAGAAAGAGCAAUGCAAGACGAGGGUGCAACUAUUUUUAAUCCACCCCCCUUUGUCUCUCCGUCUGUCAUGUAGAUGCCUUUUAUUAUCCGUGAGGUCGAACGCAAGAGGAACAUUUUUACAUUAUGCUCAUGUAAAUAUGUUUAAGACAUAUAAAUAAAAACUCUGAUACCUUU